GUGGAAUUGAUAUUAGACCAAUCGCUUAAUCGAGCAAGAAAAGACGUAGAAACUCCGUCGUCGGAGUUUCCAACGGUAGAGUGGAAUCUGGUAGCAUUUUGGAUGGGUUUCCAACGGCCACUGCAGUAUCCGACGACCACUGCAACAAAGAGAAUCAUACCCGUCAGUUUCCAACGGCCACUGCAACAAAGAGAAUCAUACCCGUCAGUAUCCGACGACCGAGAGAGCAGGAAUCUGGUAGCAUUUUGGAUGGGUUUCCAACGGUAGAGUGGUUCUCUACAGUGAGAUGUCUUCUGUAAUCAGGAAAAAAUGGAAGAAAUCACGAGACAAACAUUUAUUAUGAGCGCUUUAGAUGAAAACACUAGAAAAAAAGCAGAGAUGCAAAAGAGAUGAGAGCAAAUAAAGCCUAGAGAUGACAGUCUGGCACUGGUUUUUAUGGAGGAGGUCUCUUUUCCGAGCAUAGAGUGUCCACAGUUUUCAGUUCAUUUCAUUUUUAAGAGAUGCAAGAAAAGGAGCAAUUUAUGGAGGAGAUUUAUUGCCGAGCGUUAUAUGAAGAAUGUUGCCACAGUUCUGAUUAAUUCUGCCAUAGCCGCUAAUAAGAAAAGCCAAUUUGGAAGUCCAGCAUAGUUUCCGUGACCGACAUCUUGGUCUUUGAUGCUGGGGCUGGGUUUGGAUGGAGCCCAAACCCAAGAUGCAGCAACUUUAUAUCGAGUCUAGCAUGUUAUGAUUUUGCUCUCAUUGUUUCAGCCACUCUGCCGCUCUUUAAAUUGUUUUGGGCUUUCCUUUUUAUAUGGAGAUUUCAUUGGGAAACCCAAGAGAUGCAGUGAGGGGAGAGGAUGAGGACGGAAAUGGAGGGGAAGUGACAUCAAGGGUUUCGGUUUUGUUUGGGGAUAACAUGGAAAGAGAUAUAGAGGGAGCAGAGAAAUGGAAGAGCACCAACAGUGGUCUUUCUUUUUCUCUAGAUUUGUCUGCAGAGCCGUUUCUGAAGGAUGUUGUUUAUGAAGGAUGCCAGGAACGGGAGGGGAAGAGCAGCAAUGGUGGCAUCUUGGAUGCAGGGGAGAACGUCAGUCUCUCUGUGAGAGGUUUUUGCAACAACGAAACCAUGAGGGUUCACAGCAAUGUGCAGAGCAGCUUGAUUGCCACAAAACAAGUGUAUAGGUUGAGGAUGAGAUAUCCCCAAAGAUGACAACAGACCUUUCAGCCACUUCAACUCACAACUAACAGUAGCCAUUGAUCGGUAUUCAGCCUCGAUAGAGGAUCGGGAGACAGUAUGUUGUUUCUUAGUCUUCCAGGAGAUGAGGGAAUGUCCUAACAUGACAAAGUACCUAGUAAGAGUGCGACGAGUUAGAGGACAACUCGCCCAGUCGGAAUUGCAAUAGGCAUACAAUUGCAGAUCACUAUCAGAGCGCAAAAAUAUUCCUUGACCAGGACGUCCUUUCAGAUAACGAACCACAUGUAAUGUUGCAUCCCAAUGAUCAACACAAGGACACUGCAUAAAUUGAGCCAGGACAUGGAUGCAAUAACUGAGCUCCGACCCUCUAAUGGUUAAAUAAAUCAAAUGGCCCACAAGACAUCGAUAUCGUUCAGGGUCAUCCAGGAAUGCUCCGUUAGCAAGGGCAAGUUUAUGAUUCUGAGUAAUAGGAAAGGGAGUAGGUUUGGACCCCAAUAAGCCAGUUUCUGUAAUAAUAUCAAGUGCAUAUUUUCUUU